GUCUAAAAAUCUGCCAGGAUGCUGGCUCCCGGAACCCUGGGAGCUCUUCCUUGCACUGGAUUCACUGGAGAAUGCUUUGGAGGAGAAAGCCCAUUGCUGCAAGGCCCUGAGGUCCUCCGCCUCCUCUGGAAGUUCCUGUCCCUCCCUGGAGGGAAGCACGUGCACUCUUAAUAGAGCUGCCUAAUCACUUGUUUAAACUAGACAUUUGGUGCGUAAUGACUCCUGGCUGGGAUCAGAAAAAGCCAUCAGCCAUCUUCUGCAGGGACCAGACCUGCCGGACGCGGUUCCAUUGGCUGGAGGAGCAGGGGCUCAUUCUCCCUAAGGCAGUGCCCACUGUGUGCGAGCCCAGAGAUGGGCGAACUUCUUAAGGUUGGGCAAAGACAGCUGACACCUUGCUCCCUUCUUUACCUGUUCUCCUGCUCCUGGACACAGGGUGAUCCCAGAAUGUGAUGGAGUGAGAAGGUGGAGAGGCAGAGCACCUGGGGUGGUUUCCCAGCUCUGCUAGGGGUACUCAAAGGGCAGCUUCUGGGACCAGUCUCUUGUGCACCUGACUUGCCACCCAGCUGGAGGAGACAGAAAAUCUGCCAGUACCUAAGGCUUCCCAGGCUCUUGGGUAUGGCUAGAAAGCCAGCAGAUUUGCUAUUUGCCCAGAGUUUUGAGAUCUGGGGAGAGAGAUGCUGGAGAAAUACAAGCUACAGCUGAGUUAAUUAUUAUUAUUUUUAUCAUUAUUACAGACGAGAAUGUUCCCCUGUUAAUUCCCUGGGAAAAUGACUGAAAACGAGCUGGCACCACCCAGGCCUUGAGCCCAGGAAAGCAAGCAAUGGCAAAAUACAGCCUCCAAAUCUGCUCCCCUCUUAGCUGGCUCACCUGGCCGGGCACCGCGCCUCUCCCUGACACACAAGUGCACACACGCGCACACACGCACACACACAGACACAUGCACACAAACACGUGCAGCCCAAGCUGCUCCAGCAGAAGGGAGGGUACAUAGCCCCUGGAGCACUUGUUCUUAUCUCGGUGGAAGAAAACCGGCCAGGCUAUAUAGCAGAGCCCUGUGAGAGUUGGGGGAAAGACCCUCUGCUUCAGUUGUUCUGGAGAUUUCUGUUGAUAAGCACUUUUGCACACAUCCAUCCCAUAGGCUCCCCCACAGCCUGGCAGUUGGGGAGCUGAAGAGUGAGGGCUCAGCAUCACACAGUGCUGGAACCUGGAUCAUGGCUCCUACAUGUACUAGCUGUGGGACCUGGGCAAUUCUUCCCCACAUCCAGCCACAGUAGCCUGUGGUCUUUCAUCUAGUUUCCUGACCUCUGGUCCUUAGAGGAGAUGGACUUGACUUCAUGCCCAAGCCAGACACUCUCCCUGAGGUGGCCAGGAGGACAGGUUGGACCCACUGAAUGUGCCGGCAUGUUCUCAGCGCUUGGGUGUGACCUUUCGCGAGGCACAUUCACACAUUCUAGGUGUGGUGGGUUAGGAGGUCAGGGUCCUGGAGAAUGCCUAGUCCCACCCCAGCUUCACCCUGGAAUUAUUUUCCUAGUUGGACGCCUGGAGUGGAACCCAUUCCGAAGGUUGAAACAGGAAAAAAUUACCAACCUUAAGAGGAAACAGGGAGCAAUGCUGUGAACCUUGGCCUCUGCAGUCAGCCUGUCUGGGCUUGCUUCUCUGCUACGUACUACUUACAAGAUCCUGGGCAGGCUUCAUAAUAUCUACUAUGCCCCUGUUGCCCUUGAAUUCUAAUCUCAUCUGGAGGGUCCUUGGAGGUUAUCUAGCCCAGUAAUUCUCCAUGCGUAUACAUCAGAUUCACCUGGAUGGUUUCCUCAAACACAGCUCCGGCUCCCAGCAGAAAUUGCUAAUCAAGCCUGCAUGAGUGGGCCAUGUGCAAGACAGCCUUAAGUGGUGAUGGCAGGGCUGCCCCGAUGGGGCAUGGCGGUGAGUGAGCAGACCGAGCGCCAGUGGACAAGGAUGGAGAGCCGCACCCAGGAGGGCAGGAAAUGAUGCCCACGCAUCCCCGCCUAGAAUGACUGCCCAGGGAGAGUGGUUCCCCGGGCCCUGGCAGGGCUGCUGACCCUCAGCCUGCAAACCGCUAAGAGCACAAGGACUCCAGACUCUUCCUGUGGGUGGUCCCCUGCCCUGCAGCUCCACCAUGAGGCUGCUUGUGGCCCCCCUCUUGUUAGCUUGGGUGGCUGGUGCCAUUGCCACUGUGCCCGUGGUACCUUGGCACGUGCCCUGCCCCCCUCGCUGUGCCUGCCAGAUCCGGCCCUGGUAUACACCCCUGUCGUCCUACCGCGAGGCCACCACCGUGGACUGCAAUGACCUGUUCCUGACAGCUGUGCCCCCGGCGCUGCCCGCGGGCACGCAGACGCUGCUGCUACAGAGCAACGGCAUCGUCCGCGUGGACCAGAGUGAGCUCGGCUACCUGGCCAAUCUCACGGAGCUGGACCUGUCCCAGAACAGCUUUUCGGACACCCGAGACUGUGAUUUCCGUGCCCUGCCCCAGCUGCUGAGCCUGCACCUGGAGGAGAACCAGCUGACCCGGCUGGAGGACCACAGCUUUGCAGGGCUGGCCAGCCUUCAGGAACUCUAUCUCAACCACAACCAGCUCUACCGCAUCGCCCCACGGGCCUUCGCCGGCCUCAGCAACCUGCUGCGGCUACACCUCAACUCCAACCUGCUGAGGGCCGUGGACAGCCGCUGGUUCGAGAUGCUGCCCAGCCUGGAGAUCCUCAUGAUCGGCGGCAACAAAGUGGACGCCAUCUUGGACAUGAACUUCCGGCCCCUGGCCAACCUGCGCAGCCUGGUGCUCGCAGGCAUGAACCUGCGGGAGAUCUCUGACUACGCCCUGGAGGGGCUUCAAAGCCUGGAGAGCCUCUCCUUCUAUGACAACCUGCUGGCCCGGGUACCCCGGCGGGCGCUGGAGCAGGUGCCUGGGCUCAAGUUCCUAGACCUGAACAAGAACCCGCUCCAGCGGGUGGGGCCCGGGGACUUUGCCAACAUGUUGCACCUCAAGGAGCUGGGGCUGAACAACAUGGAGGAACUGGUUUCCAUUGACAAGUUUGCCCUGGUCAACCUCCCUGAGCUGACCAAGCUGGACAUCACCAACAACCCCCGGCUGUCCUUCAUCCACCCCCGCGCCUUCCAUCACCUGCCCCAGAUGGAGACCCUCAUGCUCAACAACAAUGCUCUCAGUGCCUUGCACCAGCAGACGGUGGAGUCCCUGCCCAACCUGCAGGAGGUGGGUCUCCACGGCAACCCCAUCCGCUGUGACUGUGUCAUCCGCUGGGCCAAUGCCACGGGCACCCACGUCCGCUUCAUCGAGCCUCAGUCCACCCUGUGUGCCGAGCCACCAGACCUCCAGCGCCGCCCACUGCGGGAGGUGCCCUUCCGGGAGAUGACGGACCACUGCCUGCCCCUCAUCUCCCCCCGCAGCUUCCCCCCCAGCCUCCAGGUGGCCAGUGGAGAGAGCCUGGUGCUGCACUGCCGGGCGCUGGCUGAACCAGAACCCGAGAUCUACUGGGUCACUCCAGCUGGGGUUCGACUGACGGCUGCCCGGGCAGGCAGGAAGUACCGGGUGUAUCCUGAGGGGACCCUGGAGCUGCGGAGGCUGACAGCGGAAGAGGCAGGGCUGUACACCUGUGUGGCCCAGAACCUGGUAGGGGCUGACACUAAGACGGUUAGUGUGGUUGUUGGCCGGGCUCCCCCGCAGCCAGGCAGAGGCAAGGGAUGGGGUCUGGAACUCCAGGUGCAGGAGACUCACCCCUAUCACAUCCUGCUAUCUUGGGUCUCCCCACCCAACACAGUCUCCACCAACCUCACCUGGUCCAGUGCCUCCGCCCUCCAGGGCCACAGGGCCACUGCUCUGGCCCGCCUGCCGCGGGGUACCCACAGCUACAACAUCACCCGCCUCCUUCAGGCCACGGAGUACUGGGCCUGCCUGCACGUGGCCUUUGCUGAUGCCCACACCCAGUUGGCAUGUGUAUGGGCCAGGACUAAAGAGGCCACUCCUUGUCACAGAGCCUUAGGGGACCAACCUGGGCUCAUAGCCAUCCUGGCUCUCACCAUCCUCCUGCUGGCAGCCGGGCUGGCAGCCCACCUUGGCACUGGCCAGCCCAGGCAGGGAGCGGGUGGGCGGCCUCUCCUUCCAGCCUGGGCUUUCUGGGGCUGGAGCACCCCCUCAGCCCGGGUGGUAUCUGCACCCCUUGUCCUGCACUGGAAUCCGGGGAGGAAGCUGCCCAGGUCCUCAGAAGGGGAGACACUGUCACCACCACUGUCGCAAAAUUCCUGAAGUUCAGCCUGUUCUCAGCAGUAGAGAAAUAACUAGGACUACUUUUUACCAAAAGGGAAGCAACCUGGGCCAGGUACCCUGCCAGGAAAGUAACAUGGAUCCACAUGCUUGCGGCCUGGCAGCUGGACCAAGACAGCCAGCUUUGUGGCCCUAGGGGGUGCUCCUGCAGCCUCCAGAAACUGCCCUUACCUUCUGGGGGCUCCUCCGCUGCCAUUCUGAAGAGCGUCUCCAAGGAACAGGAAGGACUCUGGCUAAAGCUGCCCACCUCCCCAGUUGUCUGUGUGCCCAGAGGCUCCUGGGCCUGGAUGUCCCCUGCCUGUGUCCUCGGGCCCUUGGCCCACAGGAUGCACCCCCUCCUCUUCUCUGUCUCUGUACAGUCUCAGUUGCUUGCUCUUUCCCCUUCUGGGCAAGAGUUGAAGGAGUCCUCUCCUUCCCUCCUCGGGGGACUGCUCCCAAAGUGGGGCCCCAGUUGGAUCAGAAGGACCUGUGGGAGAGGGAUGCCCAGGAAUGCCUCUUCUCGGCACCCUUCCGGUCUGCACUCUGAGGUUGACUUUCUAUAGGCAAUUUUGUACCUUUGUGGAGAAAUGUGUCACCUCCCCCCAACCCAAUUCAUUCUUUUCUCCUGUUUUGUAAAAAAUAAAAAUAAAUAAGAAUAACAAUAAUAAGGGGAGGGGAAGG